AUGCACUCGCGCGUCCAUGUCGGCGAGUAUGUGUUACUACGCCUACCUUCAGACACCUUGAAGCUGGUCCACAUAGUCCCGAACAGUGUCAUCUCAAUCGGCAAAUUCGGCUCAUUUCCCUGCAACCUCCUCAUCGGCAGACCCUACUACCUCACCUACGAAAUCACCGACAAGCAAUCCGACACCGAUGUCUCACGCCUCCGCGUCGUCCCAGCCUCUGAGCUAAACGCCGAAGUCCUCGCCGAGGAUGCUCCCUCCUCAGAUAACCCCACCGAAAAGGCCGACGAGUCCUUCGAUAUUGUCGCUGACGAUGGCUCUGUAUUGCUCAAAAACAAUCGCCUUACCGUUGACGAUGGUUCUCGUCAGGUCCUCAGCAUGGAUGAGAUUGAAGAGUUGAAGAAGGCUGGAACUGGCUCUGGAAGAGAUAUCAUUGAGAAGAUUCUUAAGUCGCAUACGCAUUUGAGUGAAAAGACGUCGUUUGCCCUGGCAAAGUAUACUUUGAGGAAGCACAAAAAGUACUUGCGCAGGUUUACUGUCUUGCCUUUGAAUGUGUCCAUGUUGACCGAAUACAUGAUUGCUGAGAAGGAGUCUUCGAGAGUUAUGGAGCUUAGAGAGGAGUCGCUGGGCUUGGUCGGCAGCUGGGCAAACGUGCACUACCACCCUGACACAGAACCAACUCUCACGGAAGAAGGAACACAACUCGGUGGUGGAAGAUGGCUAGUCGUCGACGACACUGGUGGCCUGGUUGUAGCCUCCAUGGCUGAGAAGAUGGGUCUCCUGUACCCUUCAAACAACGACGAUGAAGAGUCAGACGACGACGAGGCCCCUGUCAAGACCGGAGCACAACAAUCAGCACCCACAGAAGACGACGACGCCGACAUUGAGAUGCAGGAAGAGGACACCAAAGACGAGCCCACCAACGAAGAACCCACCUCACCAGAACGACCCAAAAGCAACGGCCGCAAACGCCCCAUCAACAAACACAACACCAACCUCUCCUCAACAAACACACUCACCAUCCUCCACGCAAACGCCCAACCGAACCUCUCCCUGCUAAAAUACUUCUCCUACGACACAAACAACCCCACAGCCACCCAUCCCUUACACACCCAUCUCAAAACCCUCACUUGGCUACAACUACUCGACCCAACCGCGGACCCCACCUACCACGAGCCCGAAGCUCUGCCUCCCUCCGAGUUAGAAACACUCAAGUCCGGAAAGAGGGGAGCUUACUACCGCAAACGACGCCGUUGGGCAAGAUGCAAGAGCAUUGUGGACGAAACCCGCGCAGGAGGCUUCGACGGUUUGAUCAUCGCCUCACACAUGUCACCAGCCACCAUCCUCGCCUCAACCAUGCAUCUCCUCCGUGGAUCAGCCCAUAUAGCAAUCUACUCACCCACCCCGGAGCCUCUGACCGAAAUCAUGGACUUGUACUCUAAAGACAGAAAGGCUGCUUACCUCGAUCACAUCGCUGCUGAUACUGUGCCUUCUGCCGAAGACUUCCCACUGGAUCCAAGAAUGGUGUUGGCGCCCACAUUGCAGACCACGAGGAUUAGACCUUGGCAGGUGUUGCCUGGACGUACGCAUCCGCUCAUGACGUGGAGGGGUGGUGCAGAAGGCUAUUUAUUCACGGCGAGGAGGGUUGUGCCUGUGGAAGGUAAGGUGGAGGCGAGGGGCAAGUAUAACAAGAAGAGGAAGAUUGGAUAG